CAACAGGAACUGACGUCUCCUUUGUGCAAGUGGAUGGAAAAAUGCAGGCUGCAGGAAAAAUGGCUCCAAACACCGGACCGCUGAAAGGUGUUUAAAUCUCUGCACGGCAACCCUUAAGGCCACACUGACUUGAAAGCUGUCAUACUCAUGGCUCCCUCCACUUGACAGAAUGGCCCAGGCACAUAAUGCUAAUGGGUUCAAGAUGGAUGUCCCCAAGCCAAAGGGGGCUGUGGGUAAGGAGGAAGCCCUCCGCAUGGAAGAAGAGGCAAUGGCUAAACUGAAACGGGAUAAGAGACAUACGGUUUCAGUUUUAACUCCUUCAUCUUCCUCCAAACCUUCAAAGUUCUCCACGACUACUGCUGCUCCUCAGCCUUUUCCUUCUGCGAAUGUACCUGACAAGGACCUCAUCGACUUCCCAGAAACUAAGAAGCAAGCAGAGGGGGACAAGUUCAGGGAUAUCGAUGUGGACAAGCUGACUAACGCAGAGCUUGAAAAGCUCCUACUGGAUGACAACUUUGGCGUCAACAGCAAAACGUCUCGCCCCGCUGCGCUGCUGGGCUUCAACCUCAGUGCCUCUUACCCUGGAGGGAAUCCCUGUAGCUCCUCUCCUUUCCAGAGCAGUCAGUGGACAUCAGUUCUGCCCAGCCAGUCUAACUCUAGUGUGAGCACUCCAACCCAUCAACCUACUCCGCUCUUCCCCUCGGCUCCCUUUCCCAAACCAGGCACGUUUCAAAAUGGCUUCACUCCACCCAUGUCGUCCUUCUUGCCCCUUCCGCCUCAGCAGCCAUCCUUCAUGGCGUUGCCUCCCAUCCAGGCUCCUGCAGCCAUGGUCUUCUCAAAACCAACAGUGGACCCGGAAAUGGCAAAACUGUUCGACAAGAUCGCAAGCACCUCGGAAUACUUGAAGAACGGCAGAUCCACCGGCAUCGACGUGGACUCUUCACAUGUCGGCGUGGCCUCUCUGGCGCCCAACCCACCGCCUCAACAGGCAGUGGUCACAGAGUCUUCUCACAUCGCCCACUUUAAGUGGCUGGAUCUGGACCCGCUCACGAAACGUAAAGCCGAGAACGAGCAAGUGUCUGUGGCGUCGGAAAGCGACGUUCAGGUUGUACCGGGAGUUUCCGCAGGGGACCCUUGGGAUGCCGUGCUCGAAACGGAAGGGAACAAUUCCGGUGGCAGAGGCAGCCCGAGCUUGGAGGGGAAAGUUUCACAGUCAGUCCACUCACAGCACAGGAGAGCUUCAACAGGGGCACCUGUUGCUAGGAGUCACUCGCUCAAUAUCCCUGGGACGUCUUCCCAGCAGAAAGCAAGUAGUCAGGGAAAAGGGAAUGGUUUGGUGAAGAAUGCUGUGCUGGAGGAACAGGACGCCCAAAACCUGGAGAUUGUUGCGUUUUGUAAAGACUUGGCAAGCCUACGUUCCAGAUUCCCUCACGACGACAUCGGGACCAACCCGGGCUUCGUCCUCAGCCCUGUCAUCGCCCAGAGGGAGAGCGGACCGGACAAUAACUGCUCUGUCAAAGUUUCCAUUGAAAUCCCUGAAUCUCAGCAGCCUGUGACUUUCACCUGUGAUGUGAGUUCUCCAGUGGAGCUGCUGAUCAGUCAGACUCUCUGCUGGGUUCACGAUGACCUGGAUCAGGUGGACUUCUCCAGCCAUUUGCUCAAAGUGUGCGGUCGGGAGGAAGUGCUGCAAAAUAAACACAGCCUGGGUAGCCAUGAGUACAUCCAGAACUGCCGGAAGUGGGAGAACGAGAUCACCUUACAGCUGCUCUCUCACUCAACCAUGAGGAGGGACCUGGCGCGAAGCGCAGAAGAUGACGGUUCUCAACUCAACCUUGACAAACAUCUCAGCCAUGUUGAUAGGCCUUUUAGGGAGAACGUCACCCGACAAGGUCUUGCUGACUAUUUGGAGGGAUACCACAAUCAGGUCAACAUCUGCUUAGAAAAUGAGAGCACCCAGUACAAGACCGUGGAGCGGGUGGUGCAAACCGUGAAGAACCUGUGCUGCGCCCUGGACGAGGUGGAGACGCAGUCCGUCACAGAAGCCAUCAAGAGACUCCGCCACUCUGUCAAUCUAGCCAGGACGCGCUCGCCCAAGUUGGGGUCAACAUCACCUGGUCAGUCAUCAACUAGUGGCUCCAGUCCUGUGGAGGAGAGCAUAGCCUUACUAACGAAGGCCGUCUAUGACCUGGUCAAGCUCUACCUGCGCUCCUUCUGCCCGCCGUCGCCGUCCUUCAGCUUGUCCGCCUCGGCCCAGUCUGCGGACAGUGGUGGAGCCGGAGAGGGGAGGGGCAGCAAAGAAGCUUCUGGCACCACAGACCACCUUCAGUUUACUCUGUUCGCGCUGCAUGGCAUCCCAGGCCACUGGGUCAGCAGCUAUGAGAAGUACUUCCUGAUUUGCUCCCUCACCCACAAUGGGAAGAACCUGUUCAAGCCGGUCCAUUCCAAGAGAGUGGGCACAUAUAAAAGCUUUUUCUACCACGUAAAAUGGGACGAACUGAUCAUUUUCCCCAUCGCCGUAGCCGUGCUCCCUUUGGAGUCCACGCUGAGUCUGAGUCUAUUUGGGGUCCUGAACCAGAACGCCAGCGGCUCGCCAGAUUCCAACAAACAGCGGAAAGCCCCAGAGUUUUUAGGCAAAGUCUCUAUGCCCCUGUUUGACUUCAGACGAGUUCUUGCACGAGACACGAGGUUCUUGUGUCUGUGGACGUCUGCUCAAGGAGCUGCUGGCGCUGCUGGUGCUACCGGCAGCCGCAAGAAGGUUCCUGCAGAAAGGAUCAUAUUACAGGUGGACUUCCCCAAAUCAGGGGUGGAUGUUUUAUAUGUUGGACCUAAGGAGGCCCCGAGCCCCGAGCCCCACACACUGGAAGAGCUGGACCCGGACCUGAAGCGGAAGCUGGAGAAAAUCUGCAGCCGAGCCUCAAAUUUUGGGUUGAAGCGCUCCGACCACCAGGUUCUGUGGGACCACCGGCUCCACUGCCGUCGGGACCACCCCAGCAGCCUGCCUAAGGUGCUGGCCAGCGCGCCCAGCUGGGACUGGGCCAGCAUGGCUCACAUCCACUCCCUGCUGCACCGCUGGCCCUCACUGCCCCUAGUCACUGCACUGGAGUUACUGGACUCAAAGUUUGCAGAUACUGAAGUGAGAAGUGUGGCUGUAAGCUGGAUUGAGAAGAGCAGUGACGACGAACUCGCCGACUACCUGCCUCAGCUGGUUCAGGCAAUAAAGUUUGAGUGUCACCUGAACAACGCCCUGGUCCUGUUCCUGCUAUCCAGAGCCCAAGGAAACAUCAACAUCACCCACUACCUGUACUGGCUACUCAAAGAUGCAGUGCAGGACUCCGCCUGGGGGUGGCGCUAUGAGCAGGUCCUGGGUGCCUUGCUGUGUCUUUGUGGGAGCAAACUGAGGGCAGAGCUGGAAAAGCAGACUCACCUGGCCACUCUGCUGGGAACGGUGGCCGAGAGGGUCAGACAGGCCGGGGGAUCCACCAGACAGGUGGCGCUGCAGGAAGGCCUGGAAAACAUUCAGAACUUUUUCCAGAGAAGCAGCUGCCGACUUCCCCUGAACCCGAGUCUGGUAGCUAAGGAGCUAAACGUCAAGGCAUGUUCUUUCUUCAACUCCAACGCAGUUCCCCUUAAGCUGGCAUUGGUCAACGCAGAUCCAUUAGGAGAGGAAAUCAAUGUUAUGUUUAAGGUAGGAGAAGACUUGAGGCAGGACAUGCUGGCUCUUCAGAUGAUUCGCAUUAUGGACCGAAUCUGGCUGCAGGAGGGGCUGGACCUCCGCAUCGUCAACUUCAAAUGCAUCUCCACCGGCCGGGAUAAAGGUAUGGUGGAGCUGGUGCCUUUCUCUGACACCCUCAGAAAGAUUCAGGUAGAAUAUGGCGUUACCGGAUCCUUUAAGGACAAACCUCUGGCUGAAUGGCUGCGCAAGUACAACCCUGCUGAGGAUGAAUAUGAGAAGGCAUCUGAGAACUUUAUCUACUCCUGCGCCGGUUGCUGCGUUGCGACCUACGUCCUCGGCAUCUGUGAUCGCCACAACGACAACAUCAUGCUGCGUUCCACCGGUCACAUGUUUCACAUAGACUUUGGCAAGUUCCUGGGCCACGCCCAGAUGUUUGGCAGCUUUAAAAGGGACCGAGCCCCAUUUGUUUUGACCUCUGACAUGGCGUACGUCAUCAACGGAGGGGAGCGUCCCACCAGCCGCUUCCAGCUGUUCGUAGACCUGUGCUGCCAAGCCUACAACCUCAUCCGCAAGAACUCCGGACUUUUCCUCCAUCUGCUGUCCUUGAUGAUGUCAUCGGGGCUGCCGGUGCUGACGGGCUCUCAGGACCUGAAGUACGUGUUUGACGCCCUGCAGCCUCACAACACCGAUGCCGAGGCCACCAUCUUCUUUACGAGACUGAUUGAGUCCAGCCUGGGAAGCAUAGCCACCAAAUUCAACUUCUUCAUCCACAACCUCGCCCAGUUACGAUUCUCUGGCCUUCCUGCCAACGACGAGCCCAUCCUGUCCUUCUCGCCCAAGACGUACACCAUGAAGCAGGACGGGCGCAUCGUCCACGCCACCAUCUUCUCCUUCCAGAAGAGAUACAACCCGGACAAGCACUAUACCUAUGUGGUGAGGAUCAUGAGGGAAGGCCAGAACGAGGCUCAGUUUGUCUUCCGCACGUUCGACGAGUUUCAGGAACUCCACAACAAACUGACCAUCGUGUUCCCGCUCUGGAAGCUGCCGGGUUUUCCAAACAAGAUGGUUCUUGGUCGCACCCACAUUAAGGAGGUGGCAGCCAAGAGGAAGAUGGAGCUCAACAGUUACGUCCACAACCUGAUGAGGAGCUCCACAGAAGUGGCCCAGUGUGACCUGAUCUACACUUUCUUCCAUCCAUUUGCUCGGGAUGAGAAAACAGAGGGCUUAGACACCACACCCAAUCCACCUGAGCCUCUGCUGAGUCCAACCACUGGUCGGGUGGAAGGAGAAGUGAAGCUUUCCAUCUCGUACAGAAACAGCACUCUGUUCAUCAUGGUCAUGCACAUCCGAGACCUGGUUUCUGAAGACGGAACGGAUCCAAACCCAUAUGUAAAAACCUACCUGCUUCCUGAUCCUCACAAGACUUCAAAACGCAAGACGAAGAUCUCCAGGAAAACCAGGAACCCCACCUUCAACGAAAUGCUGGUGUACAGCAGCUACAGCAAGGAAACCCUCAGCCUGCGGGAGCUGCAGCUGAGCGUGCUCAGCGCCGAGUCACUGCGCGAGAACUACUUCCUGGGCGGCAUCACGCUCAGGCUCAAAGACUUUGACCUCAGCAAAGAGACGGUCAAGUGGUACAAACUAACCGCUGUUCCGUACUUCUGACCCCCGCACCCAGGCCGACUCUGACUCUGCCUCUUCGGACGACGACGGACGCAUUCGGAUCAUAUGGGAAAGGCCGCAGACGGAGGUUUUACUUGAAGCCACUUCAGCUCCUUAUGUCAAAAAAAAAAAAAAAAAAAGCUUCAGAACAUCAGGAAACAGAUUCAUCUUUUCUUUUUUUUUUUUGGUGCGAGAUUAUCAAAUUUAAAAUAAAGUUGGGAAAGAAACAUUUUAUAAGCUGGAUCAAACUGAGGGUUUUGUAGUUCUUAUGAGAUUUAAACACCAUUUUAUGUGUCUGGGAUUUCCUGCGCCAGCUGCGCAGCUCCACAGGUUGUUCCCAUAUGAUAUGAAUGUGUCGUCUUUCCCCAAAGGGGCAACAGAAGUGAAUAACUUACAAACGGGAGCCUCGUUUCUUUUUUUUUUUUUUUUUGUUUUUUUGUUUUUUCACUCUUCUUACUGCCUGAGAAACUAAUCAAGAUUGUUUCAUGUGACAAACAAUCUUCUUAUUUUGCCUCCUUUAAAAAAACAAAACAAAACUGUAACUAAGAGCUGUAAUAUUUUGUACAUUUUCUUAUUAGAGGACCAAAACGGCUUACUUUCAGAAGAGUAUCUAUAUAUACUGAUGUUUUUUAAGGGAUUGAAAGGAGAGACAUUUCUACGUGUCAUGGUUUAUUUCCUAUGUGAACACAUAGAAAACAGUAGGACUGCCCAUCAAACUGAAUUAGAUCAAAUCCAAAGUCACUGUAGGAUUUUUUUUCAUUUCCCCCAAAAUGUGCCAAAACUAACAAAUCAUCAAAAAUAAACCACUUACCAUAGGGACUGGAGAAGGGUGCCUUUGUUUUUAACUCAUGAUUUAGCCUUAUUACUAAAUAUAAUUUGCUAAAUAAUGUGGGAUGUCCUUAUGAGUAAAAAAUGCAUCCUGUAAAGCUGAAGUGGUCUGGUGGAAGGUCAGAGCCAUCAGGGUUGUUGUAGCAGUUUUUAUUCUUUCCCACUAAAUUCACACUUUGUUCCAUGGUUUUUCUUCUUUCACACAGCACACCUUCACAGAGGUUCAUGUAUAAGCCUUGAGGCACAUUAAAUUUUUUUCAAUAGUUAUCACAAGAAAAAAAA